AUGCCUUCGGACUCCAACGUGCCCGCCAGCGUGACUGCUUGGCAGUACAAGCGCCGCGGCCUGCUGCCUGCGACGCUCACAAAGAACACCUCGGCCACGCUGCCGCAGCUCAAGGCGGACCAGGUGCUGGUCAAGGUGCACGCCGCCGCCCUCAACCCGGUCGACUGGAAGCUCGCCGCCUCGGUCCCCGGCUUCCUCCAGAAGCUCCCCGCCACGGCCGGCAGCGACCUGGCGGGCGAGGUCGUCUCGGUCUCGCCGGGUCCAGAGACCAGCAAGAAGCCCUGGCUCAAGGCCGGUGCCCACGUCUACGGCUUUGUGCCCGCCGACAAGGGCCUCCGCACCGGCCUGGGCAGCAUCUCGACUUACGCCGUCGUGGACGCCAACGUGCUGGCACUCAAGCCCGAAUCGAUGUCGUACGAGGAUGCCGCGGGAAUCACCCUCGUCGGCCUGACUGCCGCUGUGCUGGCCGAAAAGAUCAAGAAGGGCGACAAGGUCCUCAUCCUCGGCGCCAGCUCGGCCGUCGGCCUCUUUCUCACGCAGAUGUGCAAGACCGAGGGCGCGGCCAAGGUCGUCGCCACCGCCUCGGGCGAAAAGUGCGACUUCGUCAAGCAGCGCGGCGUCGACGAGGUUAUUGAUUACCGAGCCACCGACGCCGACAAGGAGUUCAAGCUGCGCUACGCAUCGGACCCCUUCGACCUCAUCCUCGACUGCGUCGGCACGACGUCGACCUUCUUUGCCUCGCCCUCGUUCCUCAAGAAGGACGGCGUGUACUACAACAUCGGCGCAUCGGUGCUCGACGGCAGCAACCUCUUCUCGUCGUCGAUGGCCUUUGCAAAGGAUGUCGUCCGGGCCCUCUUCUGGCCUAGCUGGCUCGGCGGCACGCCGAGGAAGUACGUCAUGACGGGGCUCCGGCACGACCUCAUGCCGCGCCUCGAGCAGUACGUCGCGCGCGGGGACAUCACGCCCAAGGUCGACUCGGUCUUUGGCUUCGACGAGGCGCCCAAGGCCUACGAGCACCUCCUCAAGGGCCGCGCCCUGGGCAAGGUCGUCGUCAAGGUCAUCGACGCUUGA